AUGCAAGGUAUUGUUUGGGAACAGUUAGACGCUGUUACAAUGUCGCGCUUCAGUGUAGAACGUCUCAGAGAAGAACUGGAAGCACGGCAGUUGGAGAGUGCCGGUCCGAAGGAUGAACUCGUACAACGUUUGAUGACAAAUAUUAAUGCGCAACGUGAAGCGUCUCAGCCUCUCGAACAGACGUCUUCAACAAGCACAGGUGCACCCGCGGUACAAUUGGACCCCGCCACGCUACAAAACCUAUCAGCUUUGCUUCAGCAUAUGCCACGCAAGACGACAACCCUAACUACGCUGCCGGAUCUGUCAUCAUCCAUACCACAGUUCGAAGACUCACGGAAGCAAAAUGUUAAAACGUGGUUGGAGGAUGUUCGCCGUGUCCAGCAACUUGCGUCUUGGGAGGACGCUACGACCCGCCUGAUUGCCGCAAGCAAGCUCAAAGGCGCUGCUCCUAAUUGGCACCUCGCGUUUGGAAGCCAGUUUGAUACUUGGACAACAUGGAGCGCAGCUCUUCAAGAAACGUUUUCUCCGGACUUGACACUGAUCGAGUGGCAAAACCAAGUCAUGAAAGUGACUCAGGAACGUGGUCAGUCUCUCCAUCAGUACGCUUUUGCGAAGCUACGGGUCAUUGAACGCUGUCCUGUCACUCUCAGUGACGCGCAAAAAAUAGUCUACCUGCUCCAAGGUAUACGUGAGCAACACAUCUCCGCAGCCCUAGCAGCCAACAGGCCACAAACGGUCGAAGGUUUUAUCACGACCUGUUGCCGUCUCGACAAAUGUGCUUAUCAGCAAAACAACGCAAGUCCCUCAUCGUCGACAUCUGCACAACAGAAGCCUGCCACACAGUCGCCUCGGAUAACUAAGCCUUCGGAACAAUCAACACAAGCGUCAGUUUCCCAGCCGUCAGCACUUGCAUCAGCACAUUCUCGUCCUCGCAUAGCGGACUUGCCAGCAGACCAGCAGGAAGCCAGGUACCAAGCUAUUUCAGCCCAGUACGGUGCACCGGCUUUUCGCAGUGGUCAAGAUCUGUCACAAGCAGUAUGUUGCAAGUGUAAAAAACUUGGUCAUCUAGCGUCAAAGCGCCGCAGCAGCCGCUCUUAG